UCGCAACGACUAGCGCGUCUACCCCUGUUUAUGCUGUUUCAUCCUGUAGGGAGUCAUCGUUCCUAUUAUUCUGUUCUUACAUGUCUACCCAACUAUGUUCUGGCUGGCUAUGUCCUCGGGAUCAUGUUCUGUUCAGCUAGCGUCAACGACUCGCCAGCGACUCGGAAAUAGAUAUGAUCCAAAAAUAAUGCUCCGAUGUCACCUUGGUAAAGCACACCGGCGAUCCUGCCCUGCCUAUCAUCAUCGAGGUUUGCAUACCAGGAUCCCUCUCAUCGAUGUAUCAAGUUUUCCUUUGUAUUUUAUUGGCUGGCCCCCUCUGUACUCUGGCACCAUCGAUCACCUAUGCUCAUGACACACAAAUGGGGGGUCGUUGCUGGUUUCGGUGCCAUCAGCGCGCUGUACGGUGAUGCAGAGUCUACAUGCUGGGAUUUACGCGUACACUGAAACGUCGGUGGCAUGUAGGACGACAAUAGCCGACUUGUAGCAUACCCAAGAUGGAAUAUAGAACAA